GGCGGCGCCUUCGGGAUGGGCGCGGUGGGCGGCUCCGCCUACUACUUCGCCAAGGGCCUCUACAACUCCCCCAACGGCCACCGCCUCGCGGGCGGCGGGACGGCCGUCCGCAUGAACGCGCCGCGCGUCGGGGGCAGCUUCGCCGUCUGGGGCAGCCUCUUCUCCACCUUCGACUGCGCCAUGGUGUACGCGCGCCAGAAGGAGGACCCCUGGAACUCCAUCGCCGCCGGCGCCGCGACGGGGGGGCUCCUCUCCCUCCGCCACGGACUCCUCGCCACCGGCAGGUCCGCGGUCUUUGGCGGCGCACUCCUCGCGCUCAUCGAGGGCGCAGGGAUCAUGAUGAACCGCGUCCGGGACUACCCGGCGGAGGACCUGCAGAAGUACUUCCCCGGACUGCAGGAUCAGGGACAGUACGGACCACCACCUGGUUUCCUCGGAGUGCCGCCGCCGGCGGCGCCGGUCGUUGUUGAGGAGGUCCCCAUCGCCGCGCCUGGCCCGACCGGGUGGCUUGGAGGUUUGUUCGGGAGGAAGCAACUGGACAAGGUUGCUGGAGGGGAUCUUAAGUCGGAGGUGUUGCAGAUGGAUUUGCCCCCCGAGGCUAUUCCCUCUUUCGAUUGA